GGAGCGCGCCCGCCUAGCCGCCGCCGCCCUCUCCGUCGUCCCCGAAGGGACCCUUGCCCGGACGAGGAUGUGCGCCCCCGCGGGUCGGCCCGCCUGAGCCGUGCGCCCCUAGGCGGCGGCGCGCCGGCCGACAUGGAGCCCCGCGCGGCCGCGCUCUGAUCGCUGUGCGCCCCGCGGCCGGCGGGCGGCGGGCGGCGCGGACCAAGAGCGGAGACCGGCGCCGCGGGACGGGAGCGAGCGGGCGCGGGCGCCGCGCAGAUGGCCGGGGCGAGCGAGGUCUGAGGCUCCGUUCCCCGAAACGUGAUCAUGUGGAUUCAACAGCUUUUAGGACUCAGCUCCAUGUCCAUCCGCUGGCCGGGCCGCUCCCUUGGAAGCCAUGCUUGGAUACUGAUAGCCAUGCUGCAGCUUGCUGUGGAUUUCCCGUCCUGUGAGUCACUGGGCCCGGGCCCCGAGUUCCGGCUCAUGCCUCGCCCAGCCCAGCGGCCCCCACGCCUGUGGAGUCUGCGGAGUGGACAGCCAUCCCGGCCCCCUACGCCCAUGUGGACCCCCCGGGCUCCCCGUGUGGAGCGGGCCCACGGGCAGAUGCAGGUGUCCCGUGCCAGGCGGGCCCACAGGCCCAGGGACCAGGCGGCCACCCUCGUGCCCAGGGGAGGCCUCACCAAGCCCCCGGCUACCGCCAAGUCCAGCUCCACCCUGGCCUCCUCGUCGUCCUCCUCGUCCUCGGCGGUGGCGGCUGGCGGGGCAGCGGAGCAGCAGAGCCAGCUGAAGCGGGGCCGGAGGCACGCACAGGACGCCUUGCUCAACAGCUUCGACUUCCGGGGCAGCCGCCCCACGACAGAGACAGAGUUCAUCGCCUGGGGGCCCACGGGGGAUGAGGAGCCUCCUGAGGCCAACACCUUCCCGGGCCUGUACGGCCCCACCACGGUCUCCGUGCUGCAGACUCGGAAGACAACUGUGGCCACCACCACCACGACCACCACGGCCACCUCCAUGACGCUACAGACCCGGGGCCUCACCGCGUCCCUGGAGCCCUGGAGAAAGAUCGCCGUAGGGGUCAGCACAACGGAGCCUUCCCCCAGUCCCAGCGGGGACGGGACAAACACGAAACCUCCUCGGAUUCUGGGCGAGACCUCAGGUUUGGCUGUGCAUCAGAUCAUCACCAUCACCGUCUCCCUCAUCAUGGUCAUCGCUGCUCUCAUCACAACUCUUGUCUUAAAAAAUUGCUGUGCCCAAAGCGGGAACCCUCGGAGGAACAGCCACCAGCGGAAGAUCAACCAGCAGGAGGAGAGCUGCCAGAACCUCACCGACUUCACCCCGGCCCGGGUGCCCAGCAGCCUGGACAUCUUCACGGCCUACAACGAGACGCUGCAGUGCUCCCACGAGUGCGUGCGGGCAUCUGUGCCCGUAUACACCGACGAGGCGCUGCACCCGGCGGGCGAGUACAAGUCCACAUUCAACGGGAACCGCUCCUCCUCCGCUGACCGGCAUCUCAUCCCUGUGGCCUUCGUGUCUGAGAAAUGGUUUGAAAUCUCCUGCUGACUGGCCGAAGGCUUUUUACCUCCUGGGGCAGGGCAGACGCCAGGUGUCUGUCUCAUGGAUUCCGUUGGUGAACCUGUAAAAACAAAACAAAAAUACAAAACCCAAAACUAAACUGUCUGAGGGGGAGGGUCCCCGCACCUGCCACCUCUGUCUGCCGGUGGGAAACACACAGCAGCCGCUCUAGGCCAAAUAUAUUUUUGUAAAAAUGCUCACGCCUAAGGGUGACUGCCUUCCCCGGAGUCUUCUUUGGAGAACAGAAUGAGGACACGCACGAAGGGGACUGGAGACCGAGAGACCAGGUGGCCACGUGGAUGGGGCAGGAGGAGGCAUCCACGCCUGGGAUUUGGACCACGAUUCUGAACCUGUGCCAAUAAUACCAUUAUGUGCCAUGAACCGACCCGAGAGCCCGGCCCAGCGCCGAAGCCGAGCGAAUCACAUGUAGAAAUCUCACAGAGAACAGGGGCGGGAAUCUCUUCCGAUAGAGUCUCUAUUUCCGGUUAUUAUACAUAUAUAAAUAUAUAAAUACCAACAGACACACACGCACACACACUUUUUUUGUACGGUAGCAAUUUUUGAAGAUCUUCAAUGUUCCUUUUUAAAAAAAGAAUUGUGUUCUAGGUUACGGAAUCUGAUUUAUUUAACACGCUUAGUACGAACAGAAUCAAACUGAUGUUUUCUACUCCGGCCACUCACGGCACACACACCCCACCCCACACACCCGCACAUGCAUUCACACUCACGCAUAUAUCCGCAUAUAUUGGAAAUACAGCUCCACGGGGGAGUCUUUCUUUACUCUUCCUGGUGACCUGAUGGUCCAUCACUGAUCAUCCUGGGUACAGCGUGCAUCUCCUGGUACCUGCUGGGUGACGACAGGUGUGUGAUGUGCUGUCCUGGGCCAGCACAAAGGACGCGGUGGGUUCCUAUAUAUAUGUACACACAUGCGUGCAUCAGUGUCGCCUUCCUUCAUUUAACCCUUAGGAGAUGCUACCUGACAGCCGCGCACACAUUGCCGUAGCCAGCUGCUGCGAGGCGGGCCCGGCUGAUCACCAGGUUGGGUGGGCGGUGGAUUCUCAGACAUUUGUGUUAUACGAGCAGAGACUGAAUUAAAGAAAUUUUCCAGUUCCAAAAAGUAAAGGAAAAUCCUUCCCGCGUGUGCACGUUGGGCAGGGCGGCCCUCGGAAGGCGCGAGGGCUGGUUUUGCUUGGUGGUGACAUGUGGCAAUUGUGUAUGUGACAGCCCAGGCCAUUCUGGGUCUUGGUCUGGAUGUUGCUGCUUUUUCUAGGGGCCCAGGGUGGCCCAGGUGUUGGUGGGGGCUGUCGGAAGAGGCUACCCUCAUGUCCACACCCCAGGGCCCUCUGUUGGGUGGUAGACUGUGCCCCAGAGCUCCCCGGAGUGGGAGCCUGGCCUGGAGCCUGAUGACCUCGAGGGCUCCCCGCACACUGCCGUCCACAUUGCUGUGCCUGGUCAUCUGGACCCGUAGGCCCAGAGCUGCUGCCGGCAGUGGGCACAGCUGGGGACCCCUGCAGCUCGCUAACCCACUUUCUUCCAGAGUAGGGGUGCAGGCCCAGAUGAGGUGUGGGGUUCGUCCCCAAAGAGUGUGUUUCCUCGGGUAUCCCAGGGAUGGCUUGGACUUAACCUCGAGGGAAAGGCAGGUGAUGGCCAGACAGAUAACUGUGUUUGUCCCAUGGAGCACCAGGCUGCCAACAUUCUGCUGCAUCCGUGGGACUCAGUUUCCCUCAAACUCCUCAAAGUGGGCUUGAAGCAUUCACUUUUGUGCCUCCUGGAACAUUAGAGAGAGAAAGAAGCAGGGUGGAUGCCAGUGCCCGGUCCCGCCUGAUCAGCAGCCAGGCGGCGCUCAAACAUUGGGAGGCUUGGUUUUCGUUUUGUUCUGUCCUCACCGAGUCACAGCUUUGGCACACACCAAGGUGGUGCUGGAAGCUGCCCCUGGCCUCAGGUCCUCUCGGGUCCUUGAUGCCCUGUGUGUCAUCCAGCCCCUGCCCUUGGUCCUCAAAGCCCUCUCAGUUUGGUGUUGGUGCCAGGUGAGGACCCAUCGGGUAGGAGGUGAUGCAGAGCCGUUCCCAUACCCUGUCCUCUCUGCGCAGACCCUAGGCUGCACUCCAGAUGCCCCGAGGUCUUCAUGGAGCCCCCAGAAUCCCAAGUCUUGGAGGGAAGCUUAGAAAGACAAAGUCGUGUGGCUGACACUCCAGCAUGGGCACAGAACAAGGUGAUGGGGUCCACGUGGGCCCUACUCAGAUCAGCCAAGGCUGUUGACUGGAGAGGCUGCUGCCCGGCUGCCCUUACCUGGUGCAGACAGAGGGAUUGUGAGGGGGUUUUACUUUAUCCCUAGCGCCCACCCCUUGCUGCUGUAGAGAUGGCACAGGCAGGACAUCUGUGGCUGCUCAGGGCCUGGGGGAGUCUGGUGGUGCCUGCAACAUUGCCCACGUCCUUCUAUGGCCUCAGGCAAAGUGCUGAGCCCUGAGUGUUCUGUCUUCUCACUUUGACCUCUGGCAUCCACAGUCCACUUGCGGACACCUCCUCCCCCAGGGCUGCUCCUACGUGGCAUCCUCCCUGCACAGGCAGGAGCAGCCCUUGGGGUCCCUGGAGGACCUGGUCCUCCCAGUGUAGAGUCUGAGUGGACCCCCACUGCUAUGGCCAUCUCCCAGGCCUUCUUUUUACACUUAGAAACCCAACUGUCCAGGAACUCCCCCGACUCUCUGAAUGUGACCACCAGGCAGCCACCUGUGACCACUGUAACCCCGCCAUCUGAAACCCUCCUUUCUUCUGUAAAAUGUAUCAGUCCUCAUGGCCAUGUCUGGCCACAGGUAGAGUUCUCGUCUCCCACAGGCUGCCCCUGUGGGCUUUCUGUGUCGAUGUCCAGGCCACCAUCCAGGUCUUAAAGAACACAUCGUCUUGGGCCAUCUCCACUUGAACUCUCUUGCCUGUGGAGUAAGAGUCCAUCUGUUUGCUUCUUCUCCCAGAUGGUCAAGGGUCUUCUGAAGCCGAUGAGGCUGGGCUGACCUUGAGCUUUUGGAAAAGAGACAGAGAUAGGGCUGAAGCUGGGACCCACAACCCGUUCACAGCCAGGCUGGAUAGUCCUGGUCCUUUAUUUCAAAAUGGCACCAGGACAACCUUCCCUUUGCCUGUCUUGAACAGCAUCACCUCUGUCAUUGGGAGGAUCUUGGGGAAGAUGAGUCUCCAGGUCCUUGGGCUGUCCCUUCUUCUGCUGACCUCUUGGGUCAUGAUGGGUGAGGACACAGACUGGGCCAUUCCCUGUUUCCACUUGUGAGUUCUCUGCAAGUGUACCAUGUACACAGGGAGAAGACGUGGCUCUUCCUGAUGCACUGUGCUUAGCCAAGUCUUCAUUCCUCUUCUCCUGGGCCAGUACACACUUGAACUUCUACCAUGUUGGCCAAAUGGCUGGAAGCAAAGGGGUGUGGUCCUGCCCUUUGGGUUUUGCAGAUAAGAAUAUAUGAACACAUAAAAUAAUUCACAGAGAAUAAGCAGUGGAGGGACAGAGAACAGUGAUAUCCUCAUAUGAGUGAUAUGAGGAACAAAGAGAGACAAGCAGUUGUCACAGUUGCCUGGGAUUGGAUGAAUUACUGAGGAAGGUCUGGGAUUGGAUGGAUUACUGAAGAAGGUCUGUGAUUGGAUGGAUUACUGAGGGAUGAUCUAGGAUUGGAUGGAUUACUGAGGAAGGUCUGGGAUUGGGUGGAUGGAGAAAGACAGUUUUAGUCUUUCCUCCCUCAUGGCCAGAAGCAGAUAUUGGAUGCAUCACAGAUGUCUCUGCUAGACCCUCAGUCCUUCCAGGAAGGGUGGUGUGAGCUGGGAUAAGCACCGUCACCCUAGCCAUGAAUGUGCCCCCUUGCCAGCACGACCCCAGCCCCAGCCCUGCUCAUGUUCCUCCAACCUUCCAUGUGACCAGGUCAACCAGGUCUCCACGAGGACAGGGCUGUCCCUCCUGGACCAGAGGUAGUGCUUUGCAAACACCCCCACACCGAGCACAUAACUGUCCUCUUAAACAACAUCUGCGUUAAGGAAGCAGCUCUUCUGAAACAGGCAGUGAUUCAUGUAAUUUUGGAAUGGUUACUUUGGUGCCGUUUGUCAAUUUGCUCUGCCGUACUCUUUUUUGAUUGUUUGUUUGUUUCCCAGUGUAAAUAGCACAGCCCACUAAAUGAGCCAAAUUCUCAUCAUCUCGAGUCUCUGAUUAUUCUCCCCACUUAUCUUGCCUUGAUGCUCUGCCUGCAAAGAAGAUAAACUCGAGGCUGGAUUUGUGUGUUUGUUACUCUAGUGUUACCUGUGAUGUUUCCAGGCGGGUCUGGAAUGAUGGUUUGGCAUUUUGAAGCACACUAGAAGCUCUUCUUUCUAAAGGGUGUGAAGCCCGGUUAUAUACAGUUUUGCAUAAUUUCUGGGCAUAGACCUUGCUUGCAUUUGGAAGGUGCGGCUAGAGAGGGACUUAGGGAAUUGCUAUCUUUCCAAUCACCCCACCCAUCCAACAAACAGAAGAAGAGGCGUUUUCUGCCUUUGGAACGUUCUAGAAAAAGUUCAGUUAGCAAGCACACAGUAGUCACCAUGUGUGGCCAGGCAGGCCCUGUGAGGGAUUUCAUUGUGCGUGGCUGCUCUUGUGCAAAGGGUGUCCUAUCACUUGCACUGUGUAGGGGUGGACCCUCCCCUUCCCCACCAGAAACAGGAGGCGAGCCUACUGGAAAUGGCAGCCACUUCCAGAAAUGCUCACGUCCUCACCCAACCCUCUUCUGCUCCUCUCAGCUGACUGAGCCAUGAGUCAGAAGGGAGAUGGUUCUUGCCCUGGGCUCCUAAGGUGGUGGUUUGUGGACAGCAGGGGCUGGGGGCUUCUCCCUAAUGGGUUGCCAAGCACUUUACACCCGCCCUUAAAUGCAGAGCCACGCCCAUCUGUAAGGACAACUGAAGAGAAGGAUCAACUAGGUUUUAACUGAUGGUCAACUGGGGGAUCCAAUUGGAUGGAAACUUGGCAUUCCAGCAGCUCUGGGACCUGUGCCUUGCUGGAGCCCCUCCUGAAUGCCCUGGAGUGACUAGGUGUAAAAUCAAGAGUCCAUUUGAAUGAAUCCAUGAAUCUAAGUUAUCAUAGGGCAGGCUGGACUUGAGAGGACUGAUGCUAAGUAGGGCCAACCUCAUGGAUCUGGGCCACCUAGGAUGGAAAGAGUUUAAACCACUGGUGAGAAGGGAGCGGGAGCAGUGACUAUAUAAUUGGAGAUGUUGAGUUUUCUUGUGUAAAUUGGAAUCACGACGCACAUCUGCCACAGAGACUGUUCCAUUAAAUGGGUUAAUAAGCUAUGCCCCGAGAGUCAUUGCAACAUUCCCAUGGGGCUGAACAGCUCUUGUAGGAAUCUUGAGUUCCAUGGUCCCACAUCUGCUGGGGGGAGUGCUGAGAGCACUGGGUUGUCGGGGAUUCUUUGUAGAAGUUAAUUAGUUUUGUCCCAGGUGGUCUUUCUCUUAAAACAGAAUUCUCUGGAGAUGCGAGUUUUCCUUGUGGAAUUCCACACUCAGUUAUUAACACCACUACAUAACGGUGCCUCGGAAACUUUCCUUUUGAGUGGACCUGGUCCAGCUGACUCCCGGUUAGCCACCAUCGGCUUCCUGAAAGGCCAUCAUAAUGUCCUUUAGCAGUGGUGUGUACUUCGGGUUGCCAAAUGUCAGUUAAUCCUGAAUUGGCAAAGUUACUGCUCCCAGGAAAUCAGAGACAGCUUUGACCAUGAGGAAGCAAGAAUAGCGUGUAGCCCCCAGUUCUGUUUCUGUCACUUGUUAUCCCAUGAAGACGUGCAGCUACUAAAAAUUGUGUAAGUAGCACUUUGAGGACCCGGUAUGAUCGGUUCGGAAGACUGCACGGGAAUAAUCAUUGAAGGAGCUAAUAAUGCGUCUCUAUCUCAGGGCCACCUGAGACAAAGCUGAUUGAUCCAUUCCAUUCUCCUCCCUGGUCGUCCUAGCCAGCAGGGACAAUUUCAUCCCCCUGUAACACUUUAACUCCAACUUCUGACCUUUAGAGACGGCUUGGGCUUGAGACCAUAAGGGAUUUUGCUCAUGUUCAGGCUCUGACCCAGGAAGGUUGACCAGCGAGCUGUAGGGUUUCUAAGUCAGUUUCUGUGCCCAGGCAGCGGCUGUAUCCAGGAACCCCUUCCUCCGCCUGCUGCUGGAUCGGGUGGGGACUCUGCUUCAGUGUUUCUCCCACGUGUGCUUGGGUUCCUAAUGCCGAGUUGUGACAUCACCUACAGCGUAGGGUCUGCAGAGCAGUCCAGGUGCUUCGUUUUGCACGUACAAGACGUCAGUGCAACCCUAGAAAGCUCCGGGGAGCUGAUUCCCUACAGAGCUCUUUCAACAAGAUGUAUCCUCCGCUGAGCCCCCAUCCUCCCAGUGCUGGGCCCCAAAGGCGAGGAGGGCCCUGGCCUUGAAAGGUCAGACUCCCAGACCAGGCCCUGGGUCACCCCCUCCUAGAGCUAAACUGCCAACACCCACAGACAUGUUUUGUUGUACUUUCUGUGUGUGUCUGUGUGUGUGUGUGUGCGCACGUGCGUGGUGUGUGUGUGUGUGUGUGUGUGUGUGUGUGUGUGUGUGUGUGUGUUUUCUCUUGCAUUUGGGUCACUUUCUCUAAAGUCAGGGAGUGAAAGAGCCUGGCAAGGUCAGUUCUCAGUCAAAGGACAAUAAGUUUGAUUCUUAAAGAUAAAUUCCCAAAGCAGGUGACUCACGGGGAUUCUGAAAACCUCCUGGAACAGCAUGUGUCACGCUGGCCCAUGAAAGGGCUAAAAUUAGACCCUCUGCCAUCUAAAGUGAGGUAGGAGAGGUGGGAAAUUGAGACGCUUUGGUGUGAAAGAUUGAGAUUUGGGGGUAAUGUGGCUAGCUUGGGGAGUUAGAGGACCGUUUUCUUACAAACCGUGUUUUGGUUUUUUUUUCUGGCAGCCUCAGUAGAAUUGGUCAUUCCUCUUAAUUUCCUGGAGAAACAAGAUUGCUGACAUUAAAGUCCAGGGCAGGGUUCCCCUGAGUUAAGAGUGUUUAAUGAAAGCAGACCACCCACCACAGAGCUUCCCAGGAAUGGUAGUGACCAUAUGGAUUAACCGUGUUUAACUUCUCCUGAUGGAAGGUGAAUGGGUAUACAAGCAGGACCCUGUCAACCUACCCCUCUCCUUUGGAAGAAAGGGUCCUCAACUUUUAGACCUACAAGUGUUAAACUGGCCUUUGGAGAAGAUGUGCAUUGAUUGCAUUCUUAAAGUCUUUUACUUUAAACAAAUACAUAUUUACUGAAAAUACAUAAAAAUAUCAAUAACCAAGCACACAAGAAACCUCUGGAGCUCUGUACCGAUUGCUUAGUUUGGUGGAAACUGCUCAUUAAAUACUGAAUGCAUGGGAAAAAGUCUCAGAAAUCUCUCCAACGUCAAACUAGCCACGUACACUGAGCCUGGCCUAGGGACAGUUCUGUCAAAAAGAUAUCUAAGAAGCCUUCAGUCACGUCAUGGUCAGUGGCUGAGCAUUGGACACCUCUGGGCGUUGGUGGAGGAUGCUUAUAGUAACCUCCGAAUGGAUUUUUCACGGGGUACCUAUAUGAGCGUGUCCUAGCUGGGGACAGAAAGACCAUUUUCACUUCAGCUGUCCCUGUGUGUUUAAAUAUCAGUUCAGUUCACCAGCCCUGUUACAUAAAUUUAUAAAGUCAGUGGCCGUUGUCUCCACCCCAGCUCCCCAGCUCCCCCGCUCCCCCGUGGAACCAGAAAUUCAGUCUAUGAAUGUGCACCCCAGGGUGAGAAAUCCAGCCACGAGGCCUGCAUUGGCCUCUUUUCUCAGCAGUCCGGGGGGCGUUUCAGACCUUAACUCCUCCUCUUUUCGCAUGUACAGCAAACACUGGGUUUAUUUUGCACUUUCUAAAUUACUUUCUGAUACAGUAAACACUUCACUGUGUAUUGACCUUUUACACAAGCAUUUGUUCUUUUUCAAGAGAAGCAGCGUCCUGCGUCCACGUUCCUGUUCCUCACAGAUCAGCACUCAGCGUCUCUGCAGCCCUUCUCCCGGGGCAUCCUCCUGGGACAGUUGGACCACCCUGGUUUCCUACUGUGUUCUUCCUUAAAUGCAUAUCAUAAUUAUGUUAUGAACAAACAUGACACACUAUAUUUUGGUUGGGUGGGGGGCAGGUGGCCCGGUGUAAUUUCCUUACAGGUGAACUUUUAUUCCAGAUUUUUUAAGUUGUUUCUGUAUUUCGAAGCUAUGUAUUUGGAAAACAUUGUAAAUGAAACACAUAUAUAUUACCUUUCCUCUGUAUAUUUAGUACUCUGAUAUUGCUAUUAAAAUCAUGAUAUAAAAAAAAGCAA